UGGGGGAAACUCAGACUAAACGUUGCAGAUCAGUGACCCGGCUUCAGAAUUUCCAUUAACCUGCCCCACUCUCCCUCAUUCCAAUUUGAUACCAAUGCCCACCCCACUCCUUUCAGAGAUCACCAUUCAGAACUCCCGCGCAGUGACGACAAAGGGCCGCCUCGGCCUCCUAUUGGCUACUGAAAGUGUAGAGUGGCAGCUUGGUGGGCGAAUCGGAAAAGCGGGUGACUGAAGCCCCGCCCACGCCCACACGGACCCGGAAGCUGGUGUUUGCUACAGUCAGCGGGAGAUUUCCGGGUGUCUUGUGCAGACGAAUCUGAGAAUACUUGUCACUGCAUUGCUGAAGGACUAAACAGGGAAGAACAUCCCACAUUUCUCAAAGUGUUAGCAUGGAUGCAGAUCCAGACUCCACAAUCAUUGAGUUCUUGACAGAAUGUAAGACUUACCAUUUAUUCUGGUUGACAAAGUUUUACCAGGACAGACUUGAACAGGCGAUUGAAGAAGGGGUAGAUGGUGUCAGCUCAUUGUUAACAUAUAAGAGGAUUUUCAGUGGAAAGGAACAUUCGGAAAUCACUGAGCUCGCGAAGAAGAGAAACCGAGCGGAUAGUUCCAAACUUCUCCUAAACCUGGUGAUGGAGAAAGGCUCUCAGGCCCAAAGGGUGAUGUGGGAAUCCUUUGUAAAAAUGCGCCAUGGUUUGCCAAAGUUGGAUAAAUUACUGAAAACGAUAGAGGAACAUGGUUCUGAUCCAAUUCGUUAUAUGGAUAAUGUCCGAAGUUUGUCUGAAAUACCCAGUCACCUGAAAGAUGUUCAGCAGAAACACAAGGAAACUCUCCGGGUACAAACUGAAACAUUGAGAGUGAACACUAUCCUAAUAAAGGAGAAGGUGAAGGUUUUCCAGCUGAUUGAUCGAUAUGCUGAGCUAACGGUCAUUUCUACUGUUCGAGAUCGGACACUUGUAGAACACGAGCUACUGGCAAGAGGCCGAGACCAUGAAGAGUGGAGAGAAAAGCAUCUCCGUCAUGAACUGGAAAAAAUCAGAGCUGAUCAAUUGUUCUAUAGCAGCUUUUCUCAGAGAAAAUUUAACUCUGGGGGUUCAGCAGCAGUGAGUGGAGUCCCGGGAAUUGGAAAAACAACAAUGGUACAAAAGAUUGUUUAUGAUUGGGCCAUUGGAAAAAUAUACCCAGAAUUUCAGUUUGUUUUCAGUUUUAAAUUCCGGGAUUUGAAUGCUAUCAACUGCAGAAUAAACCUGAAGAGUCUGAUACUAGAUCUAUAUCCUUACUUUGGGAAUGUUCUUGGAGAGCUCUGGAAGAACCCAGAGGGUUUGCUGUUUAUAUUUGAUGGUUUGGAUGAAUUCAAGGACAGUAUUGAUUUUUCUGACAGUCGGAGAAAUACAGAGCCUCCGCUGAUGUGUAUGGAUCCUGAUUGCUGGUGUGAAGUGUCUGAUGUUGUGUAUGGUUUAAUCCAGCACAAGCUGCUCCCAGGAUGUUCAGUGCUAGUGACCAGCCGUCCCAUUGCAUUGCAUUUAUUGGAAAAGGCUGAGAUCAGUGUCUGGGCUGAAAUCCUGGGAUUUGUUGGUGAUGACCGGAAGGAAUAUUUCAACAGGUUUUUUGAGGAUCAGAAAGUGGCAGCAGCUGUUUUCAAAUAUGUGGAGGAGAAUGAGAUCCUUUACACCAUGUGCUACAACCCUUCGUACUGCUGGAUCCUCGGUCUGUCACUGGGUCCCUUUUUCACAGAAAAAGACAUGAAACAGCAGCAGGUGCCCAAGACCAUCACCCAACUCUAUUCCUACUAUAUUUACAACAUUCUGAAAAACCAUAGCCGAGAGAUUGAAGACCCCCAUGAUGUGUUGCUGAAGCUUGGUGAGAUGGCCUUCACAGGAGUCUCUGAGAAGAAAAUUGUGUUUCGGAAUGGAGAUUUGAUCCAGUACAAUCUGCAACCCUCCCAGUUCCUGUCUGGGUUCCUGAUGGAACUUUUGGAGCGAGAUGAUUCUGUCCACAGUGUGUUUUACACGUUUCCACAUCUCACCAUCCAAGAGUUUGUAGCUGCACUCGCACAAUUCCUGAUCGCACAUCCCAAAAACAUCCAGAACCUCCUUCGUGAAGCCCAUGGUAAGGAGGAUGGGAGAUUUGAAAUAUUUCUCCGUUUUGUAGCUGGUCUCUCUUCCCCACAGGCCGCACAGCCCCUGGUGAAGUUUCUCGGUCCAUUUCUUCAUCAAACAACCUGUCAAGUUAUUGAAUGGGUGAAGAAAACCGUUAUCAACCUGGCUGGAAGUGUAAUGGAUCACAGUGGGAAAAGAAGCCUCCUGAUGAUGAUGCAUUGUCUGUUUGAAUCUCAGAAUACAGCACUGGCUCAGGCCACAGUGGGAUCUGUGAAAAUACUUAACUUUGAUGGAUUGCAACUGACCCCUAUUGACUGUGUGGUCCUCUCUCAUGUCAUUGGGUUCUGUGAUUCAAUAAAAGAGCUCAGACUACGUGAAUGCUAUAUUCAUUGUGAAGGACUCCAGCGGCUGGCAUCCGUUCUGCACAAAUGCCACAUCUUGAGACUGCGCGGUAAUGAUCUGGAAGAUUCCAGAGUGAGAAUCGUGUGUACAGCUCUGAAGAAUCCAGACUGUGAAAUAGAGAGACUGGAACUGGGUUAUAAUGGCCUCACAGAUUCUUGUGCCGAGGAUCUUGCCUCUGCUCUCAGCACAAAGCAGUCGUUGACACAUUUGGAUCUGAUGUCAAACUCCUUCACAGAUGAAUCCGCCCCCUUUCUCUUCCACCUCAUACAGACCUGCAACAGUCUCCAGGAGAUUGUACUGAGUGAAAAUAAAUUGGGAGAUUCUGGAGUGAGAUUACUGUGUGCAGCUCUGAAGAAUCCAGAGUGUAAAAUUGAGAGGCUGGGACUGGCUGAUAAUCAUCUCUCAGAUUCUUGUGCUGAGGAUCUUGCCUCUGCUCUCAGUUCAAAGCAGUCAUUGACACAUUUGGAUCUGGAGGCAAACUCCUUCACAGAACAAUCCGCUCCCUUUCUCUGCCGCCUCAUACAGACCUGCAAGAGUCUACAGGACAUUCAAUUUUAUGUUAAUAAAUUGGGAGAUUCUGGAGUGAGAUUACUGUGUGCAGCUCUGAAGAAUCCAGAGUGUAAAAUUGAGAGACUGGGACUCGGUUAUAACAGUCUCUCAGAUUCUUGUGCCGAAGAUCUUGCCUCUGCUCUCAGUACAAAGCAGUCGUUGACAUACUUGGAUCUGGGGGGGAACUCCUUCACAGACCAAUCCAUCCCCUCUCUGCUCCACCUGAUACAGACCUGUAAGAGUCUACAGGAGAUUCGAUUUUGGAGCAAUCAGUUCAGUUCAAGUGGGAGAACACAAUUGGCAUCGCUGCAGUCACUGAAACCCAACCUUCGUGUGCAUAUAAUCUGAUGGAUCUACAAUACAUUAUGUUGUUUCCUGCUUUAUUUUACAUUCCGAUCCUUUAUGGUCUGACCAUUCUCUCCUCCCUCUUGGAUAAUAAAUGGUAAGGUUUCGCUGUAUUUAUCAGACUUCAAAAAUCACAGACUGGGAAGAAUCAAAGAUUCAAGAAGGCAGCCCAACAGCAACAUCUUGGGGCAAUUGAUGUCAGUGACUUUACCAGCGAUUCCCACAGCUGCAAAAUGAAUGGAGAAGAAACAUUGCUCAAACAUAAAACUUGUUUCAUAGAAUAGAAUCCCGGCAGUGCGGAAAGAGGCCCAACGUGUCUGCACCAUUCCUCUGAACAGUAUCCCAGCCUAUCCCCAAAACCAUGCGUUUAAUGUGGUCAAUCCACCAAACCUGCACCUCUUUGGACUGUGGGAGGAAGCCAGAGCACCCAGUGGAAACCCACAGAGAUACAAGGUAACGCUACACCUGAGAAUCCAAGUCAGGUCCCUGGUCCUGUGAGGCAGCCAGGCUAACUGUUGAGCCACCAUGCUGCUCUUUCAAUCUUUGAAAUGUAUGGGUCAGUCAAAGAGACAGGAUAGUUUCUGAGUAUUCUCUCUCCGGUUCCAGCUCUGGUCUGACUAUUCCUCACGGCGGAAUGAUUUGAUUCUCUCUGUCUCUGCAUCAUUUGAGCUGCCGCUCCCAAAUCAAACCAAAUAAGUGUCUCUUGGGCUAACCGAGAUUGUUAUGUGCGUUUACUGGAAGGAUUGAGCAGUGCAAUUUCCCUCGAGGUCUGAAUAUUGCUCAUGGUUUAUAUGGCAGAUUAUUGUAACAAGUGUAUUUAUCUGCAUCAAUGUCAAUGGAAGCAGCGUUAAAAAUCACACAACACCAGGUUAU